AAUGCUUGCUUUACAAAGCGGGUUCCUUUUGUGCUUUCAGAUCCAGCAGUCGGUGAAAUAAGGCGAAGGUGAAAGCAGCAGUGUUGGUGCUGUUACUGGAGGCUGCCUGCUCGGUCUAUUCUUCCCUUAGAACUCCUGACAAAUUAUGGAUCUCUCAGGAACAACGGCAAUAAGUGAACCUGGUGCUGGAGAAAUGCAAGUUAUGGAGACAAAAUCCAAACGCCAGCCAGAGGAAGCAACUCCCCAAAGCUUCAAGACCUACAAACGACGGUUUUGGAUCCUGGGAGUCUUCUCCUUUUUAGCCUUCUUCCAGAAUCUGCAGUGGAACUUGUGGGGUUCUUUAAGUGAGAGUGUGGACUUUGUUUUCGAUGGAUUCGGCUCCGGUACAGUGGCCAUGAUCGCCAACUGGGGCACCAUUACGUACCUACUAUUUUCAUAUCCUUGUGCUUGGAUUAUGGAUAAAAAAGGGAUCCGUGUUGCAGUUCUCAUCAUAGUAUCCUCAGUCACUGUUGGAACCAUCCUGAGGGCUGGAUCUCUCUUAAUUGGUUCGGAUGUUUUGUUCCUAGUGAUGUGUCACAUAGGAGCCAUCUUGAAUGGAGCAGUGGGCCCCCUUGUCCUGCAGUCAUCUGCCAUGAUAGCUGCUAUGUGGUUUCCUCCAAGCGAGAGAACGACAGCUACAGGCUGUGGACAGCUCAUAACCUUAAUGGGAGGUGCCGGCAGUUAUCUGCAGCCUCUCGUUGUUAGAUCACCUAAUCCUGCUACCAAGGAAGAGAUAAGAUCAGAUAUUGCUAGGCUUCUGGAAAUCUAUGUAGGAGUUUCUGUAGGAGUUUUAGUCUUAGUCUUUGUAUACUUCCCAGCGAAGCCUCCAACUCCUCCUUCCGUCACAUCUACUAAAGAGAGAGUCGAUCUCAAGGGCAGUGCUGCUAGACUUAUCAGGAAUACCGACUACCAACUGACAGUCAUAUCCAUGGUAUUCUGUGUCGCUGUCCCAAGUGCGUGGCAUACAGUUCUGAAUUACUCUCUGAAAGACAUAGGAAUCGACCAGGAUGAAGCAGCGGGAAUAGGAUUUUUGGGAGUGCUAAGCUCAACCCUUUUUGGCCUCCUGGUCACCCGCGUCACAGAUAUCCUGUAUGGUCACAUCAAAGUCUCCCUGAUUCUCCUGAUGAGCUUUGACAUCGCUUUCUUCUACUGGUUUUUCCUCCUGACCUGGGGAUGCAUCGAAGUCACUACGUCUCUGAAUGACUUCACAGAUCCCAGCGCUUGGCCUUCGACCGAAAUUAUAUUCUACUACGUCUAUUAGAAAUAAGUUUAACGAGAAGCUGAGUCACAAUUCGAGACUCGUGAUGCCAGCUCGAGGGACUUGUUCUAAAGUAGACUUCCAGGAUUCUAUAUAGCCGCCGUAUUGCAGGGAUCCACUAUUGAACAGCAUAACCUGGAUGUUCUAAAUUUCCGUUCUUCAACUGACUUUCCUCUGUUCCAAUUCUCCUCUGUUUCCAAUUCUACAUGAAAUAAUUUCCCCCAAUUUAAGGCUGAGGAGAUCGAGGAAAAGAUUCUUCGGCGUCUUGUAGUGUUUCACAUACUAUUGCCUUAUUGAGCGCCUCAGAGGCGUGGUUGGUAUGGUAUCAGCGUCCCACCUCGGUGGUGGCGGGUUCGAUUCUCGGCGAUUCCAUUGAGGAGUGAGAGAUGUGUAUUUCUGGUGAUAGAAGUUCACUCUCGACGUGGUUGGGAAGUCAUGUAAAGCCGUUGGUCCCGUUGCUGAAUAACCAUACUGGUUCCAUGCAACGUAAAAGCACCAUACAAACAAAAUUGCCUUAUUUAUUUUCUUUCCUUUACCGUUUCUUAAUCUACAUACAUAUUGCCUUAUUUAUUUUCUUUCCUUUACCGUUCCUUAAUCUACAUAUACAUAUAUACAUCUCCAAUGGUUAUUCAUCUGUGCUUGCGCGUGAAACUUCUUCGUAUCUAGCGAUUGGAAGAUAGCAUAUAGGAUAGAAUAUUAUAGACGAACUAAUUAAUAUUAAUCUGUUCUCUAUAUUUUCAUCCUAUUCACAGCUAAUGUAUUAUGCUUAUUACUAUAUAACAUAACAUGGAACAACAUUCGUGGUCUCCAUCUUGAAUUAAAGUAAUUUACUUUUUUUUUCAACUUGGACUCUCUGAUUAAUCUAGAUAAAUGAUAUUUACAAAUUAAUUGUAUGUUCAUGUUAUGCUUGUUUGGGUAAUUAAAUCUCCAUAGUCAAAAGAUUGGUGAUAAAAAGUAUAUAAAACUAUUCA